UUCACAGUUACUGACUUCACAUUCCCAUAGGAAGUGAGUGGAGCUGCUCUCAGCCAAUCAGACUCGCGGAACCCGCUCCGACAACAAACAAAAGAUCGACCCUAGCCGAGCUUAUUAUACUUUAGUCGAUCCGCCUGGACUAUCGCUUUUGUUACUUUGCUAUCUACCCGGACCUGUUCGUCUGUGUCUCAGUCGCUCUUAUCAGAUCCUUUCCUGCAUAUAUUGUUCCCCGUAGUGUCUGUGUUGUGGCUUUGUGUCAGCUAAUGUCAACCUGAGCCAUUUCAGCGAUCAGUUCGGCUAAACACGUUAGCCAGGUUAGCUUCUAGGCUAACCAGCUCUGGCAGCCUUAAUACGAACCAGCGAAGCCAGUUAGCUUAGCCUCCUAGCUAGCUAGCUUUGCUAACCCCCUUUAAAACUCGACACUGACCGACUCCAGCAGUUCUGGCUUGUUACUGACAAGCCACUUCACUAAAAGCCGUGUGGUAGCCAUGUCUGGACAGUCGACGGGCUGUGGGUUUCUGAUGUCGGUUGUUGUCCACGGAGACUCGGCUCUGAACGAGCAGGAAAAAGAGCUAAACCAGCGACUUCGACGGCUCUAUCCGGCCGUUAACGAAAACGAGACCCCGCUUCCGCGCUCCUGGAGCCCGAAGGACAAGUUUAGCUACAUCGGACUGUCUCAGAACAACCUCCGCGUUCACUAUAAAGGUCAUGGGAAGACCCCUAAGGAUGCUGCGUCUGUGCGGGCCACCCACCCCAUCCCCGCCGCCUGCGGCGUCUACUACUUUGAGGUGAAGAUCAUCAGUAAAGGACGAGAUGGCUACAUGGGGAUCGGCCUCUCAGCUCAGGGUGUAAAUAUGAACAGACUCCCUGGUUGGGACAAGCACUCUUAUGGUUACCACGGCGACGACGGCCACUCCUUCUGCUCAUCCGGCACCGGGCAACCCUACGGCCCCACGUUUACAACGGGCGACGUGAUUGGCUGCUGCGUUAACCUCAUCAACAACACCUGCUUCUACACAAAGAACGGCCACAGCCUGGGUAUCGCCUUCACAGACUUGCCACCAAACCUGUACCCGACCGUCGGCCUUCAGACGCCAGGCGAGGUGGUGGACGCAAACUUCGGCCAGCACCCGUUCGUUUUUGACAUUGAAGACUACAUGCGAGAGUGGAGGACGAAGAUCCAGGCCCAGAUCGACAGAUGCCCCAUCGGCGAGCGGGAGGGCGAGUGGCAGUCCAUGAUCCAGAAAAUGGUGGCUUCCUACCUGGUGCACCACAGCUACUGCGCCACCGCCGAAGCCUUCGCCAAGUCCACCGACCAGGCCGUGCACGAGGAACUGGCCUCCAUCAAAAACAGACAGAAGAUCCAGAAGUUGGUGUUGUCGGGUAGAAUGGGCGAAGCCAUCGAGACCACCCAGCAGCUGUACCCCAACCUGCUGGAGAGGAACCCGGACCUCCUCUUCAUGCUCAAGGUGAGACAGUUCAUAGAGAUGGUGAACGGGACGGACAGCGAGGUGAGGUGUCUCGGGGGACGCAGCCCCAAGUCUCAGGACAGUUACCCCGGCUCCCCCCGGCCCUUCAGCAGCCCCAGCCACAAAGCCAGCAGCUCUCAGCCCUACCUCACAGGGUUUGACAGCAACUGCUGUAACGGCGUGACGUCCAAUAAGAGCCACAGCUCCUCCCCCCUCAGUCACAAGCCCUGCCCCCCCAGCUCUGGCUCCGCCCUGCAGGGCUCCGAAGUCAGCCUGAACGGCAGCCGCAGCCAGCAGCCCAUCACCAGUAACGAUGUGGACAUGGAGGUCGACCACUUCACCAACGGCGUGACUGAGUCCUCCUCCAACGGCUUUCUGAACGGCACCUCCAAACACGCCACAGAGCCCGAUGACUGCGACGCAGACAUGGAGGUGGAGUCGGCCCAGUCCAAGAGGCAGCUGUGUGGCGGGAGCCAGGCGGCCAUCGAGAGGAUGAUCCACUUUGGCAGGGAGCUGCAGAGCAUGAGCGAACACCUCCGCCGGGAAUGCGGCAAGAACUCCGCCAACAAGAAGAUGCUGAAGGAUGCGUUCAGCCUGCUGGCGUACUCCGACCCCUGGAGCAGCCCGGUGGGCUACCAGCUGGACGCCGUCCAGAGAGAGCCGGUCUGCUCCACUCUCAACAGUGCAAUAUUAGAGACUCACAACCUCCCGAAGCAGCCCCCCCUGGCUCAGGCCGUGGGCCAGGCCGCCCAGUGCCUCGCCAUCAUGGCACGGACUGGCAUCGGCUCCUGCGCCUUCGCCUCUGUGGACGAUUACCUGCACUAGCCACAUGUACACACACACCCAGACACACACACACACACACACGUUCUGAAGGCUCACCCAGAAAGCUUCCUCCCCUCGCUGCUGGAGAACCCGGUGGGGUCAGAGGUCGUUUCUGGAUGGACCUUCAGAGACCGCCACAUUAAAACGAACCGACCACCUCCAUCGUCGUAAAUAAUAACCUUCACCCUGGUCUCUCAGAGGCGGCCAUGUUUGCAUCCUCCUGACAGGGAGAGGAAGUGGGGGGUUGGCUUUCAAAAUAAAAGAAAUACUCUGAGAGGCGAACUCGUGACUCGAAGCCGAAACACAGAAAAACCUGAUCAAACUUUAAAAAAAAGAGGUUCCCAGUGAGCGCUGAGGACGCAGCCAAUCGCAGCCCUCCACCCUCUCUGCACCCCCACCCUCCUCUCACCCGGGACGCGGCGCAGACCCGGCGCUUUGGACUCGGGAACUCGAGGAAGCUGGAGAGAAUCUGCAAGUCUCGACUUUCCCGUUUUUAAUCUUCUGUUUAGUUUUUUUUUUUUUUUUUUUUUUGAGCAGUUUGUGGGUAGGGGGCGCUGUGGAGGAGGGGUCACCUGCCGCCUCUUGUUUUGGUUUUAGUUUGUUUGUUUUCCCAGGUUUACAAGGCAUGGUGCAGACCAUAAUGAUGAUUAUUAUUAUUAUUAUUAUUAUUCUAAUUAUCAUUAUAAUUAUUGUUACUUGCAUUCACAGUAUAUUUGUUGAGCGCCAGCCAGAGCGAGUUCCACCGACUUAUUAUAAUAAAGGUCCCGAUUCCACCGACUCCCCAGUGACCAGCGUGUGUACAUGUAAACGUUUCUAUAUUACAAAGUGGAAAUAUAUCAAUAGAGCGACAUAUUUAGUUACCGAAAUAAUAAAAAAAAGAGAGAGAAACCUUUAAUACUUUUCCUGACACCAGCAGACCCCUGAAGUAGGCUGGUUGUGUCCAGUUUUCCCAGUUUGGCUCCAGGGUUUCUGAGCAGGCAGUAAAGGGACGACUACAUCAGGCCCUGAGCUCUCGGCUGUGAAGCUGUUUAAAGCCAUCGUUUGUUUUCCUCGUUUAUUUUCUGCUUUUUGACCCCGAAGAACUCGGGAGCCAGAGUGACAUUCAGUCAGCUGAUGUGUGCCUCAUAUCCGUACACAUGAACCCGGUUUGGAUCAGAACCCGGUUUGGAUCAGAACCCACAGACCUGAAGCCUGUACUUCCAGGCAGGAUAACUCUUCCUGUUGACUGUAAACUGUAGAGAAAACAAUAACUAAAAAUCUCUUGGAACCUUAAACUUAAUCUGAUUUUACAAGUUAAAAUAAAUUAUUUUUUAAAAAUCCCAGUAGAUCUGCAGCUGUUCUUAACCUCUCAAAUUAUUAGGAGGAUCUGAAAAUUACCAAAAUAAUCUAAACAAUUCCAAAUAUAAAAAUUAAUUACAGAUUUUGGUCCCAAACUAACUGAAGUAUUUCAUACUAGAUUGAUCAAAUUCAACAUAAUUGGCCACAAUGUGAAGCAACGUAAAUCUAAUAAAACGUCAAUAAAACUGCACUAAGUAAUUAAUGCUGAAUGGAAUAAAAUCAUAGGAACCGUUACGUUUUGUGCAGAUUAGAUCUUUGUAAUAAUGUGGUGCAUUUUUUAGUAAACCACAAACUUCAUCCUGAUUAUUAUAUUUCUAAUAACAAUCAUGUUCAAAUUUAAACUUUGGACAAAAACAUACUGAACUUUUGGUCAUUUAGUUUUCAGACUCGUAGCCAAAACAUUUUAAUAUGUUGUUCAAAUGAGAAACUUUUUUUGUUUCAAAUUAUUUUUUCAUCUUGUAACGAUCCUGAAUUUAUUUCCAACUUCUGACAGUUUGAUGGUUCUGAACCCGUCAGCAGCCGUUACUGUUUAGUUUCUAAAUCUGUUAGCUUUUUUCUUCUUUAGUUUUUCGACAGCAGAUUGUAGAACAGGUGUGAGAACCGCAUCAUGUUGCAUCAGUUUUUAAUAGAAUUAAUCAUUUCCAAGGUUUGAUGCCGUUUAAAUUCAUCCAUAACAACUUUAAUUAAAAUAUGUAACAAAAAUUUAAAAGAAAAUUAAAAAGAAUUAAAGUUUGAGACAGAAGAGUGAAGCGUAGAAAGAGAAAUGAUACAAAGUUUGGAUUUGUUGAGAGUUUUUAGAUCCUGAGGAUGUUUGGAAGAGUUUAGUUCACUCUGCAGCUCUGGAUUCAUUUAAGGGGAAAAACUCAGAAAUACUUCAGAUAGAUUAAUCAAAUUUGAUGAUUUGACUAAAAAUUAUCGCUGAGCUAAAGUCAACAGACCCAAACGGAUCAGAACCAUUAGCAACCAGAACAGAAUGGAAGAUAAAAUAAUUAAGUCAAAUUUGAUAUUUGAACUUUUUGAUCAUUUUUGUCUCCAUUGAUUAAAUCUUUAACAAUCAAGAGAAAUUAACAGAUAUAUAAUGAUUAAAUACAUAAAGCUUUGAUAAAUGAACAAGCAGCUGAGACACAUGAACAGAUAAAUUCAGUUUUUAGUUUACUGAAGGUGCAUCUCAACAUCAACCAAAUGAAAUCACUUUCAUUUGGUUGUUCAUGUUUAUUCAGAAUAUUUAACAAGAACAAUGAAAAUAUUAAUAAAGUUUCUGUUAAUCCUGCUCCAAAGUACAGAUCUCAGGUCUGAAGCAAAUCCAAAGGAAAUUCAUGAAGGAUGAUAUUUUAUCUUUGAGGUUUUAAAACUGCAGAUUGAAGAAUCUGAUCAUAAACAUCUGAAUUCAUCAGCUCCUGGUCCAACUCAGCGUAGAUCUAGAUGAACCUUUACAUAGAAGCAGCAGCUCCAGAAAAAUGAAGCCAUCACUGACUGCAGUGAUGAGAUUUAACCGACUGGAAAGCACGGUGGUGGCAGUAUCAUGUUCUGAAAACAACAGGAGCAGGAAAAAACAAACCAUUUCUGAAACCCGACGGGUCGGCUGAGCGUUCAGCGACUUUAAACCAAUCGGUUCUGGAAGGAAACGGCUCCGCCGGGUUUUAAUCCGUCUGGUUCCCAGAACUCAUCCAGGUGGAACUAAUCUGUUCUGUCUCUUCUUCUGUUUUCCUUUUUAUCCUUAUUUUUGCAGCUCACAAGCAGUCAGAAGAAAAAAAAGAAAUCUUUAGACGAAGUGUCUGUUGUCUCUUUCUGAGUAAGGUCUGAACCUAUGCAUGCCAUAGUAAAGUGGUGGUAAGAUCCAGCUAGAUGUCUCCUUUCUUUUGGUUCUCUUCCUUUUAGCCAGGAAGAUGUCAACCAGUAAGUUGUCCACUGCUGACUGUGUGUCCAUUGGAGAUGAUUAAAAAAUGUGCAAUUUGUGUGAGGGUGAAAAGAUUUAUAUUAAAAACAACCAUGAUGAUGAUGA